AUGCCUCCCUCCGCACCGCCUCGCGACGCGUCGCCCGCCGCCGUCGUGACGUCAGCGGCGAGCGUGACGCCGCACCGAGUGGCGCUCGCGCUGCUGCUGCGCCUCCUCGCGUGCCCGCCGCACUCCGCCGAGCCCGGGCUGUCUGACGACCCCCGCGCGCGUGCCUCCCCGCCUUCCCCGCCGCCCCGCCGCGUGCGGCAGCGGCUGGCGCUCUUCCUGCUGCGCGAGACCAGGGCGGUGCACUCGUGGCACGAGCCGCCUCUGAGCGCGCUGCUGCUGCGACUGGCAGCGGAAGUGGGGGGAGGAACGGCUGGGGGAGAGGCGGAGGCAGGCAAGAGGGGGGGGAGAGAGGGGGAAAAGCGGCGCAGGGAUGCAGGGGCACGAGUUGAGGGGGCGGCAGCGGAAGUGGAGGAAGGGGAGGAGGGGUGGAGUGAUGUGGGGGGGGUGCUGGUGCGGCAGCUACAGGCGCUGCAGUCCCCAGAUGACCUCUUCUCCCUCUUCGCCUCCCUGCACUCGUGUGUGGCGCGCAGCACCUCCCCGCCGCGCCACCGGGCAGCAGCAGCAGCAUCGCCCGCCUGCCAGCCUGUCACCCGCGGCAGUGCUCUCGGCCUCUUCCUGCGCUCUCUCCUGCUCUCCUUCCACCACCUGCCCUUCCAGGCGGUGUGUGAUGUGCUGGGCGACAUUCACGAGUACCUGCACCACGCGGGCUGUAUGGGCAGCACUGCCAGCACGGGGAGCAUGGAUGAGCAGGCGGCGGGCAGGCGGGAGAGCACAGGGGAGGCAUCUCAUGGGGAGUGGGGGUCAGGGGAGGUGGGGAGUGAUGGGGGGGAGGAAAUGGACGUAGACGUGGGGGUGGGCAUAGAGGGAGGGGAACCACUUGCCUUCGAUACAGUCACGCACCGCAGAAGAACGACCUAUGAGGGCACACAUGAGAGCAGCAGGGAAGAAGCAGGGGGGAUAGCGUGGGAUGGUGGAGGGGGUGGGGGAGGAGCAAGGGCAGGGGCGGGGGCGAGGGUGGGGGAGGACAGGACAGCAUGGGAGGAGGAGUUCGAGCGGGAGGUGCUGGGGCGAGGGGGGAGAGGGGGAGGGCAGGGGGAUGUCGCGCUGAUGCAAGCAGACGGGGAUGAUGGGGGAUUGUGGGGCGGGGGAGCGGGGAGAAGGAGCAGUGGCGGGAUGGUGAGGGUGGAGGGCGAGGCAGGGGAGGAGGGGCGGGGGAGUGGAGAAGGGCGGGGAAGAGGGAGACGGAAGCAGAGGGGAGGCGGUGGCAUGCAAAAGCAGUUCCUGCGGGAGGCGGGGCGUCUGGCGGAGUACCUUGAUGGGCGGAUAGAGGAGGCAAGCAGACGGGGGACAGCAGCGGUGUGUCCAAUGACCGAGGAAGAACAGCAAGAAGAGGAGAGCGGUGGCGCAGUGGAUGAUGCACAUGCGGACGACCAGAGCGCACUGGCUCAUGCCCAUGACCUGCCACCAAAGGUGCACUUUUGA